GAACAUGCCCUUGAAAUGCUAUGCAAGUCGAAUAAACGCCACGUUGGCCAGGCUCUCUCACCCGGUACAAGCGUCUCCGCGAACUUCAUUGCGUCGUCCUCUCGGACGCGAGGCCCCUCCGUCGACCGGCUUUGGGUGCGACGGUACAGAAUGGCGACGAGGAUUUAGAAGAACCUGCUGUCCUAAAUGCCCUAGAAGAUGCCUUUGGGCUAUGAAUAUAAGAUAACACUCCAAGAAGAAAUCAGACGUGAUGAUGAACAUAUCAACCAAACCAAUGACAAGGAGGCCACCCAAGGGAUCCAUGCCACAUUUAUCAACUCUACCAGCUUGGUACUGACAGUUGACAAUGCUCAGCAAGCCGCAACAGCACUUGAAUCAGAGCAGCCCUGCGGACACGCCGCACACUCUAUUCUCGCAGCGACAGUCCCAGCGCGGUUGCGCGCGUGGACGUUGCGCGUGCCGCGAGACAGAAGCUGCAGCACUGGUUCAAGGAGCUGGCUGAGCAGUUGACGUGGCGACCCUUGUUCUUGGCGCUCCUGAACUGCACCAGGCCCUACUGCACCAGCUCCGUACUCGACGUUCGCCAGAGACAAGGCGAACGAUGACAAUCGGGUACACUUUCCAAGCUGGAGCGAGUGGCCACUUGGUCAGAACAGAUACCAAGGUGACUGAGGCAAAGGCAAGAUUUUCAAAGAAAGGGGAAAAAAGAAUGGCCACCACCUCGUUUGGUUACGAGUUCAUCAUCGAUGACAAGAAGGUUUUGUCUGCCACCACCAAAAAGGUGUCCGAGCUGAAUGAGAAGUUGAAAAAGGCCGGAGUCAUCGUUAAAAAGAAAGCCGAAGACAAGUUCGUCGUGAAGGUCAUGGACCUAACCAAGGCCACAGCAGCCAGCCACAAGACUGCUCUUGGCCAUAAGGAACAUUCGGUCCAGACCAAUGCUGAUCGAACAACGCCAGGAAAACGAACUGUUAGAAUUGACAAUUAUGAUGGGGCAAGAGCCAUCGUCGAUACUUACAAGACAGUGGGACACACCCAAAGGACUAAGAUGACAAAUGGUGAAAACAUGCGUGCACGGUUCCACCUUAAAGAGAUACACCAGCUGUGUUGGCUUGGCCACCACCACGCUACAGGCACUCUUGUGACUGUUGUCGCCACAGGCUUGACAGAGGAGCUCUCCCGACGUCUUGCGUCCUUUGUGAUUAGACAUCUACCUGGAAAAUAUGCGCGCCAGGUUCCACCUGCUAAGACCUACGAGCGGUGUUGGCUUGGCCACGAACACGCAACAGGCACCCGUGUGACGGUUGUCGCCACCGGCUUAACGGAGGACUUCUCCCGACGUGUUGCGUCAUUUGUGGUUGGACAUUAAGCCGGUCCAAGCAGGAGAGGGGUGAAAGGCAUUGAAGCAGGAGCGGAGGCACCGCGAACGCCGCGUUUGGUUGCAAAUAAAUCCACUUCUGGUGAAGCGCAUCGAAGUACUUUUCGUCAAAAGGUGUUUAUUAAAUAGCCUAUUUUAACUUCGAAUGCUUUUCUCCACUUCGAUAAACAUUAAGUGGGUCAGGGCCCGCUUAGGUGCCUCGGAAUUCGUAAACGUUACGUAAAAUUGGUAGAGUAGACAUAUACACUAACAGUUUGUGACAAAAACCAAAGGAAGUGUAUUUGAAUUAACAGAAAGCAAUCAAUUACGCCCUUGCCGUGGACUGCGUUAUUCACUUGGUUGACUUUGUCUGGGGUUGCUGUCAACACCCGCAGCACGGUCGCGCGGAAUGUUAUGCCGAGGGUCAUGAGUGCUGAAAAACAUGGUGAGACAUAUUCAAGCUGGGACAUACCUAAAUAGCAAUGAAGUAUGCCUGGUCUUAAUGAAAUGGGCAAGGCGAGACGCUGUAUAAGCUAUAUUCACAAUCUGGGCAUGAACGCAAUACGGUUGAAAUCAACAGUGGCAUACGAACAACACUUAUGGCAUGAAAGUCGUACCAGUGAGUAGGGAUUACUGCUCUCAAUAUAAUGGUAGAACAAAAUGCUUGCUUAUAGAACACGUAAGGCACGCAGUAAGCGCACGCAGAAAAAGGAACCUGCGCAGUGAGCAGCAUGUGCGGGAACCACCACGAUAACCACCCAGACGAAAACGGGAGGUCUUUGUGUGUUUUUCCUACGUGUUUUGUUUAUUGAGCGACACUGACUAUCGGCAAAUUACUCGAGACAGGUGAAAAGCUUUGAAGACCUUACAGGUAUUUCACCUGGCGGAAAAACGUUGGCUGGCAGAGAAGAAAAUGAACGGCGAAUACGCCUUUCUGAGUUUCAAGCCUCAAUCGCAGCGCAGCCGUGAAGAACAACAAAAUUUCAUUGAAGUUUGAAAAGAAGGCCAUCGCAGGCACAAGCAAGGAACUCAUGCAGAAGUACGGGACUCUCAUCACCGUUGUCUCAGUCGGGCUUCACCUCGACUUUGUACGCAAGCUCACUAACCUCAUACUAUCAUCACUGUAAAUAGAUCACCACAUAACUCAUCACUCGUGUAAAUAAAUCAUAAUCACCUUCACCAUAGGCUCUAACUAUGGGGGAGGGUGCAGCAGAGCCUCCCCGAGUGAUGCCAAAGUCAACUCCCCUACCCUAAUCUGUUGAAUGAGCUCCGCACUGUUUGCAUUUUGUGAAUGCUGUCCUUGCUUUCUUUGUUUGGCCUACAUUCGAGGUUAUAUAUCUUUUUGUUGGCUUCAGACUUUAGGAGGUCAGCUUAUAAUUGGGGUCGGCCUAGAUUCGAGUAAAUAUGGUAUAAGAAAAUUCUUCCAAGCGGACAAUUCUAUGAGGUCACAUGAAACGUGCACACCGCCGGGUUCGGAUAGAGUUACAAACAGGGCCCUCCCUUGACAAAUUCGGUGGAGUGCCUGAUGGACGACGUCGACGUCCAUUUCAUGUGCAUUUACUCAUGGCAUCUUGUAAGACAGCAGAAAGACUGUGAAAGAAAUAUUGCUUCGGCAGAUCAGCGCCACCUAUAUGAGCAAGAGCGAGCUCCUGGUAAAGAUAGACAAUGAAGAAGGCGCGAGAGCAGCGAGUGAUAAGCUUCAGGCAGUGGGCCACGCCACACGAAGGGUCCAGACAAGUAAGUGAUUCCCUGUACCUCAAUAUCUAUGAUUCCAAAGAAUUCCCUAUAUAUGAUACGACUCCAUAGAACAGUUUGACAUUCUGCACCAAGAGAUACUCGUGACCAACUGCUCCCACAGAGAAGUGAGCGGAGCUCAUAAUGUGGGUCAUCCAGUGCAUGCAUGGUUUUGGGUGCAUCGCACUGCAGUGGUGCUCUAGAUGAUGAAUGCUCCAGAGCCCCCGCAUACGUAAUUUACUACUGCUGAGGGUCUAAUUCCACAUGCUUGAAACUUCGUCUACACCUGGUGCAUAACUUGCCCCUAAUUUUAAUCAACUGUAAGCAAGGCUUCAUGUUUAGUCCACCGAAGAUACAGGGGAAACAUUCAACAAAACUUCUUAAUAUCCAAACAAAUCAGGACCCAACAAUUACUGGCAACGCUCCUAAUUACACCAUAAAUGUUAACUGUGCCACGGCUUGCACAUUGUAUUGCAUUUUCAUUGCCAUACAACUCGCUACUUCCUCUUUUUUUUAAUUCUUAGGCGUAAUUGCACGCUGUCACUAACUGCAAUUUUUUAACCUUGUAUAAAGGGGCAUUCUAACAUUUUCUCAGGCCAUACUGCUUGCUCAUUCACCCUUGUGGCUGAGCAUGAGCUGUAAUUAUUAUUGUACGUAAUUAUUAUACAUUCGGAAGCAGAUCUUCACUUCACACAGCAACAGUAGGAAGACGUGCAAAACACCCUUCAUGAUUAAUGUCAGCUAUUGGGUCUGUGUUUUCUCAGCAAGCCCAAGAGGUGGUUCACGGACACAUGGGCCGCCCUGCUUCUUUCUAGCCUUGGUUCCCCGAGCUCCUGAGCCACCUGCUUUAUUAUCUUCUGAGGUGCUCUCCUAAGGCCUCCAUUAGCUGGUUACAUGUGCCCUCCUGGAGCAGUGCUUGUAAAAAAUGUAAUCUAUCGUUGCGACAAAAAAAUCUACCCGUGACCUAUACAACAUCAGUCAGAACAUUGCCCGUUCAGACACGGUGAUCACCAAACAGGGCACCCAUGCCCACUGCCACACCGCACGGGCAGCCAGUGGCGGAGCAUAAACAAACUCGACUGCACUCCGUAAUGCCGGCAUGUCUAGGGGACAAUUCAACAACACGUGCCAUAAAACCUCCUCCUUAGUGCCUAGGCAGAGUCACAUAUUCAAGGAGCAAAGGCCCCCAUAUAGAAUUUAUCUCUCGCACCUGCUCUUGCUCGCGGCUGCCCAGAAACGUCGGGCGCCACAAGAAACGCCCCACCCCGCUGUACCUACUAGCAAUUGUAAUAAUGCCAGCGGGAUGUAGGUGCCCUGGGAGUAUCGACAGACACGCUACUCUGCACCUUUUCAUGGUUCCUUUCAUUGGUCGUGCAAUGCUUUGCAAGCGUCAGGUUAGGCGACGGCGAAAUUUAGUUCAGGAAUGAAAUAGCCAUAAUUUUUGUUAUUUCAUUAUAUUCUUUAACAUGCUCACGUACGUUAUAUAUUACAAAGAUGUGCAUUUACUCAUGGCAUCUUGUUGUAAGACAGCAGAAAGACUGAGAGGAAUAUU